ACGGAUGUCAAUUUGUGUAGUACAGGAAUUUCGCACUUUGGAUUUUUUGCAAGUUUAUAACAGUCUAUGCAGAUAGAAAUCGAAAACAAAUACAUAAAGAAACGCAUUUGUCAAAUAUGACGAAUCUAACGCGGAUACCUGGGAGUUUGCAUCGGGUUUAUUCAAACUCAACAUUGUUUUUCUGUCGAAAUAAUGUUUUGUAUUCACAUAAUUUCAUAACGUCUGCAAGUACUGUCAGAUGUUUUGUAAAAGAGUCACGACAAAGAAGCGACGACAGGCGUUACGCUUCAUCGGCUCGUAAAACAGUACGUAUCGGAUGUGCGUCGGGGUUUUGGGGUGACACUGCAACCUCAGUUCCUCAGCUUGUAUACGGUGGAAAAUUGGACUUCCUUGUGUUUGAUUAUCUGUCUGAAAUCACUAUGUCCCUGCUCACUGCUGCCAAAGCUAAAGCACCUAAUAUGGGAUAUGCUCCUGAUUUUGUUCUCGCACUUUCUCCGUUUAUUAAGGAUAUAAGCAGAAAAGGUAUUCGUGUGGUGAGUAAUGCUGGGGGUGUAAAUCCUCUUGCCUGUGGAGCGGCUCUACAGGAAGUAGUUCAGAAGGAGGGACUUGACUUAAAGGUAGCUGUGGUGACUGGCGAUGACCUCAUGCCACAGAAAGACUCUUUAAGUGAUCUCAGGAUGGCUGAUUCAAAGGAAAAGAAACCACUUCCAAAGACAGUCCACAGCAUGAAUGCGUAUUUGGGAGCCCUCCCAAUAAAACGCUGCCUGGAUCUCGGGGCCGAUAUCGUAGUGACGGGACGCUGUGUGGACAGCGCGGUGGUACUCGGACCCCUUAUGCAUUCGUUUUCAUGGGAAAGCAAUAAUUAUGAUUUGCUGGCUGCUGGAAGUCUUGUAGGUCACCUGAUUGAGUGUGGAGCACAGGCCACAGGAGGAAUAUUCACAGACUGGCACACAGUUCCUGACUGGGAUAACAUGGGCUUCCCUGUGGUGGAAUGUUCGGCUGACGGUUCCUUUAUACUAUCUAAACCUCCAAAAACCGGCGGUCUGGUAUCAUUCGGUACAGUAGCUGAGCAGUUGGUGUAUGAGAUCGGUGACCCACAGCGUUACCUUUUGCCUGAUGUAACCUGUGACUUUUCCAAUGUUACCAUCACUGAGACACCUGGUGUGGAUGGUGGAGCAGUGAAAGUAGGCGGGGCCAGAGGUUCACCUUCAUCAGGUGACUACAAGGUCUGUGCUACAUAUUCAGAUGGGUUCAGGGCCACAGCAGUUUGCCCUGUCGGUGGACCUAGAGCUGUGGAAAAGGCUAGAAGAACAGCAGAAAGUAUUAUUAAAAGGACCCAGCGAAUUUUCAAACAACUUGGUCUGGAAGACUAUACAGAUGUCAACAUCCAAGUUUUGGGUGCCGAGGAUACAUACGGACCACAUGCAGUCAAUACGGGUACCCGCGAGGCUGUUAUUUGGAUGGCUGUCCAUCACAAGCAGAAGAAAGCCCUGGAGUUCUUUUCUAGAGAGAUAGCACCUGCUGGAACAGGCAUGGCUCCAGGACUAACUAGUAUUGUUGGAGGACGACCCAAGAUAUCACCAGUGCUGAAACCUUUCUUUUUCAUGCAUCCAAAAGCAGAUUUGGAGGUGCACAUUCAUCUGAAUGGGGAGCUUGUGGAGACGCAAAAUGAGCCAGCGGUAGAUUCAACAUUAGUAGAAGGCCACACCCCCUCCCUCCUUCCAGCACAGGAACAUAGCCCUACACCCGCAGAUCUGCCCUCUGGCACUCAUGCUUUCAGACUGGAGGAGUUAGCAUACACACGCAGCGGAGACAAAGGUGACUCCUCAAACAUUGGGGUUAUUGCGAGACACCCACUGUAUUUUCCUUAUCUAAGAAAAAUGUUAACCGCCGAAGUGGUGGAAAAGUAUUUCCAACACCUUAUCAAAAAGGAUCAGACUGAGCUUCCUUCAGUCGUAAGGUACGAACUGCCCGGCAUUCACGGCCUGAACUUCGUUCUUCGAAACUCGCUCGGAGGAGGAGGGGUAGCAUCAUUACGCAGCGACCCUCAGGGAAAGGCAUACGGACAGAUGUUGCUUGACUACAAGCUGAGUGGUCUACCUGAUCUAAAAUCGUUGGUCAAUUAAAAACAGACGGAUGUAGUGUUUUCACAUUUUACUAAAAAAUAAAAUAAUUCACAAAGUAUAAAAAUUAUUGCACAUAAUUAAAAUGUUAAUCUUUAUUGCA